AUGUGCAAAGUACUGAAAUUAACCAACGUGGUGGUCAGCCCCAGACUCUGGGCUGUGUUUGUUGUCAUCUGUACGUUUAUCUCCUUCAAGUUUUCUUGGAGAAUGACCUGGGAUGCCAAAGACAAGAGCCAAGCCUACAGCUUCCCUGCUGAGUUUAAGUGUCCGCUCUCUGUGCCUUCUCCCUCUCCUUCAUCUGGCUGGCCUUCUCCUUUGUCCAAGAAUGUGUACUUUGUGGAGACAUCAGAAGAAAUCAAACCUAGCUUCCUGUUUAUGUGCUCUGUUGAAUCAGCAGCCAGGUUUCACCCAGAAUCCAAAAUUAUUGUCCUUAUGAAGGGCUUAGCAAAGUACAAUAUUACUUUAGCAAAGCACUUGAACUUUCCCUUGUUCAGUUGCUUCACCAACAUCGAAAUCAAGCCUUUGGACAUGAAGGACCUUUUCUUGGAUACUCCCCUGGCUGACUGGUAUUUCCUUGCCCAACAGAGGUGGGAACCUUAUUUCUUGCCCAUUCUUUCUGACGCCUGCCGAAUAGCCAUCAUGUGGAAAUUUGGUGGAAUCUACUUAGACACAGAUUUCAUUGUUCUUAAGAGCUUGAGGAACCUCACCAACGUGAUUGCUCUCCAGUCAAAAUCUUUACUCAAUGGGGCUUUCCUGUCCUUUACACCAAGACACAAAUUCAUAGAGCUCUGUAUGAAGGAAUUUGUGGAAAAUUACAGCCGUUGGAUAUGGGGGCACCAAGGCCCACAGCUCUUCACCCGUGUUUUUAAGAAGUGGUGCUCCAACCACAGCCUCCAGAGCAGCAAAGGGUGUAGAGGCAUCACUCUUCUCCCACGAGAAACCUUUUAUCCCAUCCGCUGGCAGGAAUGGAGAAAGUAUUUUGAAGUGAUCAAAGCUUCAGAGCUUUCUGAGCUAUUGAAAAAUACCUACGCAGCCCAUGUCUGGAAUAAGAAAAGCAAAGGAACGGCAGGCCAGGCAGCUUGC